UGCUCUCACAAUCAGCAAGGGCAUUUUGACACAUUACUUUCCGAAACUAACCAUGCAGGUAUUGAUGGUCGCUAUAAAAGCGAGACUGCAUCAGUCUCGCGUUCACUUUUCAGGCACCAAAAACGUUGAAAUGGUAUCUGCAGGCACGACGCUCGCCAGACUGUUCUUUCUCUUCCUAAUUUUACAUUCUCAGGAUGUAGAUGGAAAGCAUUCAAAGAAACCUUGGGAAUAUUUCAAGAAGUGCAUGAAAGAACUGAACAUGAAAGGCCCAGCGGACGUUGCUGAUUUACUGGACAAGCAAUCUGAUUUGAGCGAUACAAGCAAGUGUUUUAUCAAGUGCAUCGCAGAAAAAAUGGAGAUUUUUUCAGACAACGCAUUGGUCGAGAGUAAGGUUUUGGAGUGGAUUGAAGAAUCUAAAAAUAAAAACGAGACCGUCGCUGAAGUUGAGUCAAAGAUUUACGAAACUUGCAAAGGGAUAUCGGAGACCAAUGAGUGUGAAACUGCAGCGAAAAUGUUCCGGUGCGGCAUGAAGGUCGCGGCUGAAAAUGGGUUACAUUAGACUGUCCAGCAAAACAAGAAAAUACACAUUGAUGACUUAUUGGUCAGAUCGUAUUACAAUGCUAACGCUUCCAUUUUAAUUAAACAGAGGAAACCUA